UGCCCCCGCUCUCUCUCUGUCUCGCGCGCGCUUCUCCCGGAGGGAUGGAAGUCCCCUGGAAUCCUCCUCCUCCCCCGUAAGCAGGCGGCGGGGGCCCGAGUUCGGUGCAAAAAUGCUGGGCAUGUACGUGCCGGAUAGGUUCGCCCUGAAGUCGUCCCGGGUGCAGGACGGGAUGGGGCUCUACACGGCCCGCAGAGUGAAGAAGGGUGAAAAAUUUGGCCCCUUUGCAGGGGAGAAGCGGAUGCCGCAGGAACUGGAUGAGAACACAGACUGCAGGCUCAUGUGGGAAGUUCGUGGGAGCAAAGGCGAGGUCCUCUAUAUCCUGGAUGCCAGCAAUCCACGCCAUUCCAACUGGCUGCGCUUUGUCCAUGAGGCUCCAUCCCAGGAACAGAAGAACCUGGCAGCCAUCCAGGAAGGGGAAAAUAUUUUCUACCUGGCUGUGGAAGAUAUUGAAACAGACACAGAACUUCUGAUUGGGUACUUGGACAGUGACAUGGAAGAAGAGGAAGAGGAGGAGGAAGAGGUAACCGUUAUCCAGGAAGUUGAAGACAGUGGCAACAAUAAAGAAGUGCAGCCAGCUGGUGAAAAAAUUGCAGAUCCCCUCACCUGUAAAGAGGACCAUGCAUGCCCACACUGUGAAUCCAGUUUUGCCAGCCAGGAGAUUCUAGCUGAACAUCUGCAGACUUUGCACCAAAAGCCCAGUGAGGAAAAGGAAUUUAAGUGCCGAAAUUGUGGAAAGAAAUUCCCUGUUAAACAAGCUCUACAAAGACAUGUCCUGCAGUGCACAGAGAACAUCAGCCCAGGAGACUCCUCCAGAAGCUUUCAGUGCUCUGUUUGCAAUACUGCCUUCAGCUCAGAAUCGAGCUAUGAGCAGCACAAGGAGGCGUGCAGAGGGGAUGCCAGGUUCAUCUGCAAGGCAGAAAGCUGUGGGAAGAGGUUCAAGAGUAAGGACGCCCUGAAAAAGCACAAAGAAAAUGUCCACAGUGGAAAUUCUAGGAAGAAGCUGAUGUGUUCAGUGUGCAAUAAGAAAUGUUCCUCAGCAACAAAUCUCCAAGAGCAUCGAAAGGUCCACGAGAUCUUUGAGUGUCAGGAAUGUGACAAGAAAUUUAUUUCAGCAAACCAGCUAAAACGCCACAUGAUAACUCACUCAGAAAAACGCCCCUACACCUGCGAGGUUUGCAAUAAGUCCUUCAAACGACUUGAUCAAGUGACUGCACACAAAAUAAUACACAGUGAAGAUAAACCUUAUAAAUGCAAGCUUUGUGGAAAGGGAUUUGCCCACAGAAAUGUUUACAAGAAUCACAAGAAGACACAUUCUGAGGAGAGACCGUUCCAGUGUGAGGAGUGCAAGGCUUUGUUCCGAACCCCGUUCUCCCUCCAAAGGCAUCUGUUAAUCCAUAACAGUGAGAGGACCUUCAAGUGUGAUCACUGUGAUGCUACUUUCAAAAGAAAGGACACGUUAAAUGUUCAUAUUCAAGUUGUACACGAUGGACAUAAGAAAUACAAGUGUGAUCUCUGUGACAAAGCUUUUGUGACACCCUCAGUCCUGAAGAGCCAUAAGAAAACUCACACAGGAGAAAAAGAGAAGAUUUGCCCAUAUUGUGGACAGAAGUUUGCAAGCAAUGGAACACUGAGAGUUCAUAUUCGAAGCCAUACAGGUGAGCGUCCCUACCAGUGUCCUUACUGUGACAAAGCCUUCAGCAAGAACGAUGGCCUGAAGAUGCACAUCCGCACCCACACAAGGGAAAAGCCGUACCAGUGCUCGGAGUGUAACAAGGCUUUCAGUCAGAAGCGGGGCCUGGACGAGCACAUGAGGACCCACACCGGAGAGAAGCCGUUCCAGUGUGAUCUUUCUCAUUGCUGUAUAAAAGUCAUUAACUUGAAUUGGCUCUCAAGGUGCCAAAAUGUACAAGUACAGAAGAUGUGGAAUUCUGUCAACAUAAAGUGUGAGACAGAGGAGGAUUUAUUUCUUCUGGUUACAUGAAACACGAACUAAAGUGAAAACUUUGAGCGGUUCAGUUUGAGUGCUGUAUUCAUACUCCUCAUUGUGGCUGGCAAGGCAAGUGGAAAGACAUCUUACCAGAGUGGCUUGAGCAGCUACAGUUGCUGAGUUAACAUGUGCUUGAUUUCCUGGUGAACAGCUGGUUCUUCCUGCUGAAUCAGAUGCCCUGGAUUUCUUCAUCUCACUUAGCCACCUUUUUUUCCCCCCCCUUAUUUAUCUUCAUGAGCACUGGGAAAAAUACUGCUUUACUACUAAGUAAAAAUCAUAUUCUUGUUAUCAGUGAGUUGUUUACUGCAGAAAACUCUUCAAAAGAGUUCCCACAGGCCCUCUCAUACCAGCCUGAUAACCAAGAAAUCUUUAUCUACAAGGACAGUAAAACUGUAACUUCAGAGGGUUACAGUGAAAUUCCUGAGUUAUCAGCAGUUAAUAUUAUGGCUCUGGCAUUAGCAAACUGUUCAUACUCAUUUUGGACCUGUCAGUGUUUUGUAAAAUGUAUUUGCAGUGGGACAUUUUGCUUCUAGAUUUCAUGGGAAAAGAAUCCAUCUUCUUUCUGAACUGCAGCAGGGGUGUUUAUGUGAAAUGAACAGCAUAGUUCUUUAUCUCAGGGUAGAUUCUACUCAAAUCUUUUUAUCACAUGGGACAUUUGCUACUCAGAAGAGCAAAGACAGUGUUAUACAGUAACAGUUGAAUAUUUUAUUGCAUUUAGUUUGCCUGUUGAAAUGCAUAUGCUUAAUUGUUUUAAAAUUGUAUAGGAUUACUGCAGAUUUUGGGGGAAAAGUGGGAUUGUAAGUAAUUCUCUUGUUCGUGAGAACAUGCUAAGUCUUCAUGGGACUUUUUGCUUCCUGAGAGGUACAUGAAACCUGGAGACUUUGCCAGUUCCAUACAAAUAAUUUGUUCCUAUAAAU